UCUCCUUACCCUCAACUUCCAUGCCCCUCUCUAAUUCCCAUGAACCAAACACCCUGUAAGAGGAAACGAUAAUGGGGGGAGGGGCCAUGAUCUGCAUUGCGGCCGCCCCACCAUCCGUCGCGAUAUGCGCUGCGGCCUCCGCCAUCGGCGCCGUCCAACAGGGCUGCCGCCAUCCGUGGCCCCGCCGUCGACCGGCCCGGCCACCGCCUCCAUGACCACCUUGGCUCAGCCCCUUCUCGUGCACAAGGUCUCCUCUUGCCCAGCGACCACAUAGGUGAAUCUCAGAUCGAGCAAGUGCGGCUGGCUGUUCCUACAACUGAUGAUCCAACACUUCCUGCACUUACAUGCAGAGUAUGGAUCCUUGGGAUCACAGGAUGCAUCAUCCUCUCAUUCAUCACCAUGCUGACCACUUUCAGACAAAACCCGGUUAAUAUUCCGGAAUUUUCAAUUAUUAUGUUGUGCUACUCUCUAGGCAAACUCAUGGCUGCUGUUCUUCCAGCCAAAGUUGUGAGGGUCCCUGGAACCAAAAUUGUGUUCUCACUGAACCCUGGCCCAUUCAGUCUAAAGGAACAUAUACUGUGUUGCAUGAUCGCUAAUAAUGGUUUAGGGGCUUCUCCUGCAAUAGAUAUUUUGGCAGCCACAAAGGCCUAUUUCAGAAGAUCUAUUCACCCAGUUGCAGUUUUUUUGCUUCUACUCACAACAAAUAAUAUUUCUUGUGGAUUUAUUGGCUUCUUCAUGAAGUUCUUUGUGAACCGCUCAGAGAUGUGGUGGCCUGAAAUCUUACCCAUGGUAACAAUGUACAGGGCAUUUCAUGAGAAGGAGGAAAGAUCAAAGGCAACACUACCAAGAAAUAAAUUUUUCUUCUUGGUCUUUGUCAUUAGUUUUUCGUACUAUACCAUUCCGGGUUGCUUCUUCCCUUCUGUUAGUGCAUUGUCAUUUGUUUGCUGGGUUUGGAAAAGGUCUAUCACUGCUCAGCAAAUUGGCUCUGGUUAUAAUGGUUUGGGGAUUGGCUCAUUUGGCCUUGAUUGGUCGACAGUUAGCAGCUUCACUGGCAGUCCUCUAAUGUUCCCUUUCUUUGUCAUUGUCAACACGAUGGUUGGGUUUAUCUUAUUCAUGUACAUUGUCGUCCCUUACCGAAAUAGGCUUACGCCCCGCUAUAUUGAUAUAGCAACCACCCGAUACAACAAUCCGAUCCACGCUGGGGCAAACAGCACAAGCACGCCCAAAAGAAAUAACAAGAGAAAAUAA